AUGGUGAAGCUAAGUAAUAGUACUAUUUUGUUAUCUUUGUUCCUUUUCAGCAUAGCCGCAAUUGCCAACGCACAGCAAUGCGGUAGACAAAAGGGCGGUGCCUUAUGCAGCGGCAACUUGUGUUGCAGCCAAUUCGGGUGGUGUGGAUCAACACCCGAAUUUUGUUCACCUAGCCAAGGUUGCCAGAGCCGCUGCACUGGUGGUGGAUCAACCCCAAACCCAACUCCAACUCCAGCUGGUAGCGCGCAAAAUGUUCGUGCAACAUAUCAUAUAUAUAACCCGCAGAAUGUUGGGUGGGACCUGAAUGCUGUUAGUGCUUACUGCUCAACUUGGGAUGCUAAUAAGCCUUUGUCCUGGCGGAAGAAGUAUGGUUGGACUGCUUUCUGUGGUCCAGUCGGACCUCGUGGUCGAGACUCUUGUGGCAAGUGCUUAAGGGUGACAAAUACACGUACAAGAGCUCAAACGACAGUAAGAAUCGUGGAUCAAUGUAGUAACGGAGGACUAGACUUGGACGUCAACGUUUUUCGACAAAUCGACACAGACGGAAAUGGAAAUCAUCAAGGCCAUCUUAUUGUGAACUACCAGUUUGUUGAUUGUGGUGAUAAUUAAUCUUAUACUAGUUGACACAGAAUUAUAAGAUUCAUGUUUGACUACCCAAAUAAAUGUUAAAGUAUGAGAUGAAACUAAUAAUAACAAUAAAGUUAUUUCC